AUGUGGAAAGAUUUAAAGGAUAUGUCUGACACUAUCCAGGGCCCUUGGGGAGUGAUUGGUGAUUUCAAUGAAAGCUGGGAGGAAGAAGUUUUUGGCAACCCCCUCUAUAUCUUUCAUCAAAAGCUAAAAGGAGUUACCAAAACUCUUAGCCAGUGGUCUAGACAAACAUAUGAAGACAUCUAUGAAGUUCCUAAAAUUUUAGAGGCUGAGAUGAGGACCCUAGGAGAUCUCUGUGAUAAGAUCCUGAGACAAAAGGCAAGAGCCAAAUUGUUUGAGGAGGGAGAUGAUAAUACUGCUUAUUUUCAUUAUAUCAUCAAGGAUAGGAGAAAGAGGCCCACUAUAUGCAGAAUCAUGGAUGAUCAAGACCAAUGGGUUGAGGGAAAUGAUGCAAUUACAGAAGCUACAGUCAGACAUUUUCGGCACAUGUUUAGCCAAGGCACUCAGGUCACUAACUUUGAUGCUUUGAACUGUAUUGAGAGAAUUAUAGAAGAGGAGGACAACAACAACAUGCUUAAUGCCAUACCCAUUUUGCAAGAAACUAAGGAUAGUGUUUUUUCUAUUGAUAGUGAAAGUGCUCCUGGACCUGAUGGUUUGAAUGGCUACUUCUACCAGAGUAUUUGGGAUAUCAUUAGUCUCACCUUCAUAGAGCUAUUGAAGCUUUCUUUAACGUUAGGAUUCAUUAAAGGAAGGUCCAUCACAGAGAAUAUCAUGCUUGCUCAGGAGAUUAUAAAUGACAUUAGAAAACCUUUCAGGGGGGGAAAUGUUGCCAUAAAAUUGGAUAUGGCCAAAGCUUAUGACGGGGUCAAUUGGAAAUACCUUGGCAUGACACUGAAAAAGCUUGGCUUCUCUGAUUGGUGGAUUCAUCUCAUUCAAAAUUUCAUCUCCAGUAAUUGGUAUUCCAUUAUUGUUAAUGGAGGCAGAUAUGGUCUCUUUAAAUCUGAAAGGGUCUUGAGGCAAGGAGAUCCAAUAUCUCCCUUUUUAUUUGUAAUAAAUGCUGAACUACUAUUCAAAAUGCUUAAUGAUCUUCAUGACAAAACUGCUUACAAGGGCUUCUACAUGAAUCCUAAUGGACCCAAGAUCAAGCACCUUGCAUUUGUCGAUGACACUUCUUUUUAG